GAGAGAUCACACAACCCUGCUACAGUUGCUUUCAAUCUUCGCACAGUGCGUGUGUACCUGUGGUAUUGAACUACCACAAUCAGACGUGCCUCUCGGCUCCUACAAUCACACUCACAAUCAUUUUCUUGUAUUAUCUCGAGAUAACUGCUACCCGGAACGAGCAACCUUGCAAUGGAGACCUGCAACAUGGAAAACACCAUGCUUUUCGGAGAUGUGACUAUGCUGGGAGGAGAUAAUUUCUUCUUCUCGGACUUGGAUGCUUUCUUGAUGUCACCUAGCAGUAGCAGCAGCAGCAUCCCCAACUACGACUCACAACUGCAAGGGGCGUUGACGCACAUUGAUGCCAUGGAGAACAAUGAUGUCCUCACCUGGUCCUCAGAGGACUGUUACCGUUGGGCGCAGAGGGUGUGCCAGGAGCAGUGUCUCGACGCCCACACUCUCAACUUGGACUUCUUCUACAGCGUCACUGGCAGCACACUGGCUCAGUACUCUCGCUACGACUUCUGUGCUUACUUCAAUAACAUGUGGGGAGGAGUGUUCUACGACCAGUUCCAUCAGCUGCUGGCCCAUGCGGGGGUUGCCGUCAGUUUUCCUACAUCAGACUACGAUAGCGCCUCCUCCAUCUCGUCGUCCUACAGCGACUGCAGCAGUAGUGAUUCCUCCACCUCGUCGUCCGCUUCUCCCUACUACGAGAACGACGACAAUGCUGCUGAUCUGUGGGACAUGCCGCCCCUACAUGUGUCCGAAGACAUCACUGACUUGGACAGCUUCCUGCACCAGCAGGUGCCCCAGCAGCAGGAUCUGCUGGAGCAGGAGAACCUGCUUCUCAAAGACAUCGGAGAUGCUGCUCUAGUGGAGAAGGAACACCAGAUGAAUCUGUUUCUGCCAGAGAUGCCAGUUAUCAAAGAUGAAGUCGAGCAGUUGAGCUUCUAUGAAAAUACCCGUGACACAUCGUCGUCCCCGGAGCCUGUAGUACCCUCCUGCGGGAGCCUCACCUCCUGCGAGAGCCUCACUUCCUGUGGAAGCCUCAACUCCUGCAAGGCUCUGGAGAAGAUCCGCACCAAGUCUAGAAAGAGAGAGCGCGGCCCCAAGAACUGGGAGUUCGUGAUUCGUCUGUUGGCCGACAGACAAUAUAACCCUGAAGUUGUCCGCUGGGAGGACAAGACUUGUGGCACCUUCCGCUUCGUUCGUCCCAGUGUUAUAGCUCAAAUGUGGGGUAAGAGGUCAAACAAACCCAACCUCUCCUACGACAACUUCGCUCGUGGUUUAAGGUACCAUUACACCACUGGUGCUCUGCGUCCCGUGUCUGAGAGGCAACUUGUCUAUCAGUGUGGACCUAAGGCUCUCAGCUUCCUGGCGGAGCUCUUACAGUGAUCGUGGUAAAAGUGGAAUCCUGAUAAGUGGAUUUCUAAACGAUGUCCUGUUGAAGGGACUCGUAAUGACUAACCUCGGUGCAAGUCCUGCUACUCCUAAAGCUUGAUAUGAAAAGAUUAGGAUAAGCUGACUGGGUAUCCUAUUGAAGGGAAUCCUACAAUGCCGAACUCCGGAUAGUCCUGUUGAUGAUAAUGCUUGCAGAACCUGCAGACAGAAAGUCUCCUGGUCCCAUGGUCAGGACGGACCUGCUGAUCGAAUGUUUUAAAAGGUUCUACAGCAACAAAAUAGCAUUUUCAAGACUUGUAAAUGGUCUUUCUCCGAGUGGUAUUUUAUAGACAAUACCUGGUGAGCUUCACAGAGGAGGACUUAAGGCAUUAACACCCACCAGACAGUCUCAGCUCUGGAAAUAUAAACACAAAUGCAGUAUAAUGUGAUCCUUUAUUGAC